GUUCUUGAUGCAGCUGAUGUUCAGAGCUCUGAUGAUUUGGGGUCUUCUCGUGUUCGGGCUUCAGCCAUCAGUGACGGAUGUCGCUCUUCUCCUCCCAGUCGCCAUCACCAUGUCGGUCAUUUCGAAUCAUGGCCAAUUCCCACCUGCACCACCACUUCUUCCAUUACGGAUAAAUGGGUAGACCACCUCCGAAAACGCGACUCAAGGCGUUGCUCCGAAACCGAGGACCGAUUCGCUUGCGUUUUGCACUCGAAGCGAAAACUCAAUGCUCAGCCUCUGCCUGAGGAUGUCGCUAUGCGAGCAUCGAGAAAGAGAGCUGGCGAAGCGUUGAUGCCCUCCUCCGACACGUUCAAGCUCACCAAACACGAAACGCCCAGCACGAACCGAUCCCGACCAAGGACGGUCCAACAAGACAAUGUUGGGGAGACACCAAUACUCUCCCAUUCGUCCACACAUCCACCAACCCGCGAGGAUGAGUCUGCGUCUUCAUUAAGUUUGAUGCACCAGCCAGACACCAGACCCAUUUCCCAAGACCAAUUAGUCGCGGAAGUAAAGGGUAUAUACGCUGGCCUUGUUAUGGUUGAAACAAAAUGUAUAGAGGUCGACAAUGCACAAUCCUCCAACGCCGAGUCUAAUCCCAAGCUCAAUAACGACCAGUGGCAAGUUCUGAUCGCUCUGCACAGGACACUGUUGCAUGAGCAUCAUGACUUCUUUCUCGCCAGCCAACAUCCGUCCGCAAGCCCUGCACUUCGACGACUGGCAUCCAAAUACGCCAUGCCUGCCCGCGUGUGGCGCCACGGCAUCCAUUCCUUCCUUAAACUUCUGAGACAUAGGCUUCCUGCGUCUUUAGAGCAUAUGCUUACGUUUUUGUAUCUGGCAUAUAGUAUUGUAGCACUCUUGUAUGAGAUUGUUCCUGCUUUCGAAGAUACAUGGAUUGAGUGCUUGGGAGACUUGGGUCGAUACAGAAUGGCGAUCGAGGAUGACUGUAUUCGGGACCGCGAGACCUGGACUGGCGUGAGCCGCCAUUGGUAUAGCAAGGCCUCUGACAAGUCUCCUACCACCGGGCGGCUCUACCACCAUCUUGCUAUUCUUGCCAGGCCCAAUGCCUUGCAGCAGCUUUUCUAUUAUACGAAGUCACUUUGUGUGAGGGAGAGUAUCAUGACUCUAUCUGACCCUGCCAUGAGCGGCUUUGUGAAAGUUGGAUGGAUGCUCUUCUCCGCUAGGCGAGGGCGGGGGGACGCGCGCCACUUUCACCUUGCGUUUUCGGUGUUAUUAUUCCCGACUCGCACCGAUCCCGAUAUGCCUCGCGCGGUGAUGUCCGAACUUCUGUAUUUGCUACAUGAACGCCUCACUUUAAAUCGCUUCGAGCCGUACACCAUUGAGUCCUUCUCCCGAGAUCCAAAUCCCUCCCGACCCUUUCCAUAA